GCCCGCCGAGGCUUUCGAAGAGGGGGGCGAGCAGGAGCCUCGCCUGAUUCUGCGCUGCGGUUCCCAGGCUGCCUGGGCUCCGGCACUAAAACAAAAGCAGCAAGUGCGUCGCGGAGCCCACCAGGGCCGGCUCGGAGCCUGGCCGGCGAGGCUGCCGUGUGCAGGGGCUUUCCGGCAUGUGGCUGGCUGGGGCGAGGCACCCUCUCUCUCCUCCCCCCCCCCCCCGAGCUCGGGAGAUCAAGAUCAGACGCUGACUUCGGGAGUUCCUCCUAUUCCUUGUAUGGAAAGCGGCUCGCCGAGACUCAUCCGACACCUUCCCCCCGCUGUGACUUUCCCCAGCUCCCCUUGUCUUCGUGCUCGUAGCAGGGAAGCAAAGGAGCAAAUCUCCCAGCCUCUGCUGCUUCCCGCAACUCACCCGCUCCGACAGCCCCCACGCCCGCCGCCGCCUCCUUCCCCCCCCUCCCCUCCUCCGCAAUCGGGAAUAAAUCAGAGGAGGGCAGACCCGGGCACGCCAGAGCCAGCGGAGAUCUGUUCCAAAAGCAGCCCUGAUGGCGGCGGCUCGGAUGGGGCCGGAGCUGCUGCUGGAGUAGCGGAGAGCCCCCUGGAUCCCCCGCUCCACCCACAGAUCUCAAUCGGUCUCCUCCCCACCCUCAGCUCCGCUCCCUGCCGCUGUGCCCAUCGCUGGGUGGCUCCUCGGAGAAAGGGGGGGGACGCUUAAACAAAACAAAACAACCCCCCCAUUUAAUUUUAUUAUUUGUUCCGUCUCCGUGACUGGGGGAUCGAUCUUCGAUUAGGAAGAUGGCUGCUGGCUGGCUGCUAGUCUUCAGUCUGACACUUUUCCAGUCCCUGGUGAUGAACCUGUCCUCGGAAGGACCCUUCCCUUCUGCCUCCACAAUAAAGUCAUGGGUGGAGAAAAUGCAAGAGGAUCUUGUAACAUUGGCAAGAAGCGCAAGUGGGGUGGACGAGCUUGCCAAGAUUUAUACGAAAUACAACAAUCUGUAUACAGUGGAAGCCAACAAUGCACGUAAAUUGGUGGAAAUUGCAGCCACAGAUAUUGAAAAACUACUGAGUAAUAGAUCGAAAGCCCUGGUGAACCUUGCAACUAAAGCAGAGACAUUUCAAUCGCAUCAGUGGAGGGAUGAGUUUGGGAAUAAUGAUAUCAUCUAUUACAAUGCAAAAGAUGAUCAGAACGAUUCUGAAAAGAAUGAGACUGAAACUGGAAGCCAGAGAAUCAGACCAGUGUUUGAAGAAGAUGCUGUUUUUGGGCGACAAAUAUCUUACCAGCAUACAGCAGUCCACAUACCAACAGAUAUUUAUGAAGGCUCUACAAUAGUGUUAAACGAACUCAACUGGACUGGAGCAUUGGAUGAAGUAUUCAAAAAGAACAGAGAUGAAGACCCAACUUUGUUGUGGCAAGUUUUUGGUAGUGCUACUGGCCUUGCCAGGUAUUAUCCAGCCUCCCCAUGGGUAGAUAAAAGCCGAACUCCAAACAAGAUAGAUCUAUAUGAUGUUCGCAGAAGACCAUGGUACAUCCAAGGAGCUGCAUCUCCAAAAGACAUGCUUAUUUUAGUUGAUGCGAGUGGGAGUGUUAGUGGACUGACGCUGAAGUUGAUCCGAACCUCCGUCAUUGAGAUGCUAGAAACCUUGUCAGAUGAUGAUUUUGUGAAUGUAGUUUCAUUUAACAAUAACGCUCAGAACGUCAGUUGCUUUAAUCAUCUUGUCCAAGCUAAUGUGAGGAACAAGAAGAAGCUGAAAGAGGCAGUCUACAAAAUCUCAGCUAAAGGAAUCACUGACUACAAGAAAGGCUUUAGCUAUGCUUUUGAACAGUUGCUAAAUCACAGUGUCUCUAGAGCUAACUGCAAUAAGAUCAUUAUGUUGUUUACUGAUGGUGGUGAAGAAAGAGCACAAGAGAUUUUCCACAAAUACAACAAAGACAAAAAUGUACGUGUAUUCACAUUUUCUGUUGGUCAACAUAAUUAUGACAAAGGACCCAUACAAUGGAUGGCCUGCCAAAAUAAAGGUUACUAUUAUGAAAUUCCUUCCAUUGGAGCUAUAAGAAUAAACACACAGGAAUAUUUGGACGUUUUGGGGAGACCGAUGGUUUUAGCUGGAGAUAAAGCAAAACAAGUCCAGUGGACCAAUGUGUAUUUGGAUGCACUGGAACUGGGCCUUGUCAUUACCGGGACUCUGCCUGUCUUUAAUCUAACAGAAGACCAACAAGGGAACAAGAACCAGCUGAUUCUUGGAGUUAUGGGAGUUGAUGUCUCUUUGGAGGACAUAAAAAAACUGACACCACGGUUUACACUGUGCCCAAAUGGUUACUAUUUUGCAAUUGACCCUAAUGGUUAUGUGUUACUUCAUCCAGAUCUUCAACCAAAGAAUCCUAAAUCUCAGGAGCCUGUUACACUGGAUUUUCUGGAUGCUGAGCUAGAAAAUGAUAUUAAAGUUGAGAUUCGGAAAAAAAUGAUAGAUGGAGAAAGUGGGGAAAGAACAUUUAAAACAUUGGUCAAGUCUCAAGAUGAGAGAUAUAUUGACAAAGGAAACAGAACGUAUACAUGGACCGCUGUGAACGGCACAGAUUACAGUUUGGCCUUGGUAUUACCAUCCUACAGCUUUUACUACAUUAAAGCCAAAAUAGAAGAACCAAUAACUCAGGCCAGAUUCAAAGAGGAUUCAGAAACUCUAAAGAUUGAUCACUUUGAUGAAGCUGGCUAUACCUUUAUAGCACCAAGAGAAUACUGUAAUGAUGUAAAAGUAUCAGACAACAACACUGAAUUUCUUUUAAAUUUCAAUGAGUUUAUUGAUCGAAAUACCCCAAACAGCCCUUCAUGUAAUGCUGAUAUGGUCAUUAGAGUUUUGCUGGAUGCAGGAUUUACAAAUGAACUAGUCCAGAAUUAUUGGAGUAAGCAAUCUCUCAAUGGAGUCGUUGCACAAUUUGUGGUUACGGAUGGUGGGAUCACUAGGGUUUAUCCUAAAAGGGCAGGAGAGGAUUGGACAGAAAAUCCUGAAACUUACGAAGUCAGUUUCUAUAAACGGAGCUUGGAUAAUGACAACUAUAUCUUCACAGCUCCAUACUACAACAAAAGUGAUGCCAGUAGCUAUGAAACAGGCAUUAUGGUGAGCAAGGCUGUGGAAAUAACCAUUGGUGGAAAACUUCUUAAACCCGCAGUUGUUGGAAUAAAAAUUGAUGCAAUCAGCUGGAUGGAAAAUUUCACCAAAACCACAAUCAAGAGCCUGUGCAACAGUGAACUUUGUGGCUGUGAAAGAAACAGUAUGCACCUGGAUUGUGUUGUUCUUGAUGACGGUGGAUUUCUUUUGAUGUCAAAUCAGGAUGAAUAUACCCAACAGAUUGGACGAUUCUUUGGUGAGAUUGACCCUGACCUGAUGCGAAACCUCAUUAACAUGUCCUUAUAUGCCUUUAACAAGUCUUAUGACUAUCAGUCUGUUUGUGAUCCUGAAGAAGAACCAAAGCAAGGAGCUGGUCUUCGUUCUGCAUAUGUGCCUACAGUAGCAGAUGUAUUGCAUGUUGGAUGGUGGGCCUCUGCAGCUGCCUGGUCUAUCUUGCAGCAGCUGUUUUUGGGCCUGACUUUUCCACGUUUCCUUGAGGCAGCGGAAGCAGAUGAUGACGACUACACUGCUGCCCUAUCCAAACAGAGCUGCAUUACUGAGCAAACUCAGUAUUUCUUUGAAAAUGACGAUAAAUCCUUCGGUGGGAUUGUAGACUGUAUAAACUGUUCCAGACUUUAUCAUGCAGAAAAAGUUUCACACACCAAUCUAGUAUUUAUAAUUAGUGACAGCCAACGGAUGUGCCGCUCCUGUGACCCAAAGCCAUUGAUGCAAGCAGAAAAGCCGGAUGAAGGGCCAAAUCCUUGUGAAAUGGUGAAGCAACCCAGAUACAGAAAGGGGCCUGAUGUCUGCUUUGAUAAAGAUGACCGGGAAGAUUCGUCAGACUGUGGUGGGGUCUCUGGACUGAGUCCAUCACUCUGGUCUAUGAUAGGAAUCCAGUUUGUCCUGCUUUGGCUGUUAUCUGGCUGCAGACAUUGCCAGUUAUGACCCUGUGAAACAAAAAUCUGCAAAACUAAUCAAGACCCUGCCAAAACAUUAGCCCUCAGUUUCAUUGUCAAAGGGUCCGCAAUUCAGACAGCAGAAGAAUAGCAAUGCCCAUAACUUGGUAUCAGUCUAUGUGAAAGAUUCAUAAAGGCACCCACAGUGGCUGCAUGUUGGAGUGUCAGAUCCUUAAACAUGCGUGAAUUCUGCAUCAUCUGUGCCAUCAGAACAGAAUUCUAUAUGUGCUUUAUUGAAGAAUCUAAGAUUUUUGUGUUCAUUGUUGUAUCGUUGAUGACUUCAUGUAAAAGGGCUCCCCUUAAAAUAGCUUAUGUAUGAUAUGAUUUCCAUUUAUUUUUAUCUUAGCAUUGUAUUUGUUGCAGACCCUAUAUGCUUUUACAUGAACACUUGUGAAAUCACAUUUCUUUAAUCCUCCUUUUUUAUUGUAUUAAUACCAUUAUAGCUGCUUUGAACAUCAGUUGUCCAGAAUAUAAAAUAGUUGGCAGACUUCAGUUUGUACAAAACAGCUUAGUGAAUUGAAAAUAUUGGUUAGUCUUCUCCAGAACUUCACCAUGACUGAAAUGCCUUACAAUGAGUGGUUUAUUCUGCCAAACUUAAUCAAAACAGGUGGCUAACUAAGUUUUGGUAGGUUCAUAAACUGUUGGUUUUAAAAAUAAAAUAAAAUAAAACAAAACAAAACAAAAAAAAUCAAGAAAGAAGCUACUGAAUUUUGAAAUAUAAAGAUGCUUGAGAGUUUGAUAUUUUAUCUAACCAAGUGAUUUUCCUCCUGAACUCAGUGUCAUGUCCCUUUCAGAAAGCUGUUAAUUUCGAUGUAAUGAUCAGUGCUCUCUUCACAGUGCAGUUACGUAACGCUAGCCAAAUCCUUCAAAAUGCUCAAAUGAAAAAGCUUGUGAAUACAAAAUGUCUUUGUGAUUAUUGAACAUUGGUUUCCAAGGGUAUUUUGCAUGAUGAUAAUGCUACUUUAUUGUUUUUAAGUUUGUUUUCUUGAAUGGUAGAGUAUAGUCCAUUGAAAAGGUAACUGAGUGAUUCUUUUGUUGUGUGAGAAACUGAAUGUUGCAAUGUGAUGCAAUUAAAUAAUCUUAAAUUAUAUUGUUAAACAAAGCUCUGAAUAUACUGUGCAAUGAAAAAGCUAAGAAAGUAGCGUAAAUUUAGUUGGCUGGACAAAAGGGAUGAGAUGGAUUUUAUACUGAUUAGUGCUCUCACAUGAAAACCUAUGUACAGAUAUUUUAAGUAUAUACAAAUCAGAUUUGACACAUUUAUUUUUGAAAAGUAUAUGUUGUUCUGAGAUUCAUGCCAGGUUCCCCUUUUGUUUUCAGGGCACGGUAGCACUCUUUAAUGUUUAAACUCCUAGUAUUGCUAUUUUAUAUUGAAUAUAGCAAGCUUAAUAGAGCAAGAUUUCCUGGCUGCUGAAAUUAGAACGAAAUCCGAACAAAUGGGGAGCCUUGAAUCUAUAUGUAUGCACAUUGAUACUUGAUUGUGAAUAACAAUAAAAACAAUUGUUUUAUACAAACUUGUUCGUGAUACAAAUUGGUGCAGUAAAUUAUAAUAUUACACUGUAGAAUAGUGUACAUGCAAAAUAUGAUUUGUGCUUUUUUCUAGUUUUCAGAACUUAACAGUAUUGUAAGACAGCUAAACCAAUGAAUGUGCAACUCGGCUGACAUUGUACAAUUCUGCUAACAGCUGCAAUAUGCAAAUAUUUACAUGGUACUAAACAUUUGUUCUUUAAAAAAUGAAAAUGCAAAGCAUUGGUAUGUAUAUGCUGGAAAAUGACUACUAUAAUCUUGAACGUGUCAAAAGCUUACAGAAAUUAUUAGGCAUGCAUUAAUAUGCCAUGAAAAUUGAAGAAGCCACUCAAACCUAUGGCAUGGCUUACAAGAUGAAAUGACUAUGUGUAGCUGUGCCUAUGAUUAGUUGUUUGUUUUUUCACGUUACCCUUGGUUCCAGCUGUGUAUGUUCCCAAGUUUAGGAUUACAGUGCUGGGGAAAAUUUUAAAAAAACACUAUUGUUUAAUUAUCACAAUUAACUGUUUAAUAUCUCUAGGAAAGUCAUCUGAUUAAAAGUACAAUUGACUGAGUUUGGUGGCUCCUGUUCUUCCUUAGUGAAGAGAAGCUGAUUUCAGCAGCAUGGGAUGAGGAUAAGUGGGGAAUCUUCUCCGCCAGUAGUGUUGCUGGUAGGGCUGUCAAACGAUUAAAAAAUUAAUCACGAUUAAUCAUGCGAUUAAAAAAAUAAUUGUGAUUAAUUUCACCAUUAAACAAUAAUAGAAUACAAUUUAUUUAAAUAUUUUGGAUGUUUUCUACAUGUUCAAUUACAACACAGAAUACAAAGUGUACAGUACUCACUUUAUUUUUGAAUACCAAUAUUUGCAUGGUAAAAAACAAAAGAAAUAGCAUUUUUCAAUUCACCUAAUACAAGUAAGGUAGUACAAUCUCUUUAUCUUGAAAAUUGAAAUUACAAAUGUAGAAUUAUGUACAAAAAUAACUGCAUUCAGUAACAAAACAAUGUAAAAUUUUAGAGCCUGCAAAUCCACUCAAUCCUGCUUCUUAUUCAGCCAAUCGCUCAGACAAACAAGUUUGUUUAUGUUUGGAGGAGAUAAUGCUGCACGCUUCUUGAUUACAGUGUCACCUGAAAGUGAGAAUAGGCAUUCACAUGACACGGUUGUAGCCUGCAUCGCAAGAUAUUUAUGUGCCAAAUGUGCUAAAGAUACAUAUGUCCCUUCAUUCUUCAACUACCAUUCCAGUGGACGCACAUCCAUGCUGAUGGUGGGUUCUGCUCAAUAACAAUCCAAGGCCGCUUUCUUUUUUGGUGGUUUGGGUUUUGUUGUUUCCGCACCAGAGUGUUGCUCUUUUAAGACUUCUGGGAGCAUGCUCCACACCUCAUGCCUCUCAGACUUUGGACAGCACUUCAGAUUCUUAAACCUUGGGUCAAGUGCUGUAGCUAUUUUUAGAAAUCUCACAUUGGUACCUUCUUUACAUUUUGUCAAAUCUGCUGUGAAAGUGUUCUUAAAACAAACAUGUGGCUGGGUCAUCAUCUGAGACUGCUAUAACAUGAAAUAUAUGGCAGAAUGUGGGUAAAACAGAGCAGGGACAUACAAUUCUCCCCCAAGGAGAUCAAUCACAAAAUUAAUUAACACUUUUUUUAACAAGCAUCAUCAGCAUGGAAGCAUGUCCUCUGGAAUGGUGGCCGAAGCAUGAAGGUGCAUACGAAUGUUUAGCAUAUCUGUCACAUAAAUACCUUACAAUGCCAGCUACAAAAGUGCCCUGCAAAUGCCUGUUCUCACUUUCAGGUGAUGUAAAUAAGAAGAGGGCAGCAUUAUCUCCUGUAAAUGUAAACAAACUUGUUUGUCUUAGUGAUUGACUGAACAAGAAGUAGGACUGAGUGGACUUGUAGGCUCUGAAGUUUUACAUUGUUUUGCUUUUGAGUGCAGUUAUGUAACAAAAAAAUUUCUACAUUUGUAAGUUGCACUUUCACAACAAAGAGAUUGAACUACAGUGCUUGUAUGAGGUGAAUUGAAAAAUACUAUUUCUUUUGUUUAUAAUUUUACAGUGCAAAUAUUUAUAACCAAAAAUAAUAUACACUUUGGUUUCAAUUACAACACAAUACAAUAUAUAUGAAAAUGUAGAAAAACAUCCACAGUAUUUAAUAAAUUUCAACUGCUAUUCUAUUGUUUAACAGGGUGAUUAAAACUGUGAUUAAUCGUGAUUAAUAUUUUUAAUUGUGAUUAAUUUUUUGGAGUUAAUCGCAUGAGUUUAUGUGAUUAAUGGACAGCCUUAGUUGCUGGACUUCCUUUCACUCUCUCCAUGCCUGCUCCCCAAAUAAAAAAUGUCAGCUGUAAUUUGUUGAUCACAGGAACCGCAUUCUACAAUCCGCUACAUGCUGCCAAUGAGAAUGCUCUUGAAAUGAAGGGGUUUGUUGGAUGGGAGCAAUAUUUAUUACUUUAUUACUCUAAAACUAAGCUUAGUAAGACUACCUAUUAGUUUGUAUUUUUCCUUUUUUAAUUACUUGAAAGGUUAUCAGAAUAUUUAUGCUUAAAUGUUUCCACUUAGUUUUCCAGAAGAAAAGCCUUCAUGGAAAAGUAUGAUGCUUACAUUUCCAGAAUAAUGUGGAGUGUAUGUGUCUAUACUAGGUUUACUAACAGACACAGGUCAAAUCCCAUGUUACUUACUGAGGCCUUGAUUGUGCCUGGUCAGCAUAGGCCAUGGAAACGGAUGAUGCAGAACCACAUUGCUCCCAGAAGGUGUACCAGCAGCCCCUGCCUCCUUCCUGUCAUCUUUGGGCUGCCAUUCAACCCUGGGAAGUAGGCAGGGAGUAGCACUGACACCUCAAAGGGACUAGAGUUCUUCCUGGCCCUCACACAGCCAGGCUAUUUGUUCUACCUUCCAAAUACAGGUCUGCAUAGAGACCUUUCCAAAGGGAAUGCCAAUUGGCUAUGGGUGGGAUUAUCAAAAAUAUCUAAUGAUUUAACAGCACAAAUCCCACUGAAAGUCAAUAGGAUUUGUGCUCCUAAGUCAUAUAGAUGCUUUAGAAAAUCCAAUUCUGUACAAGUAGUUUUUCUUCCACAGAAGUUCUGCCUGUGUGGUGACAGAUUGAAAACAGGAUUUGGCCCAACUAUUGUUUUUCAUAAGGCUUAAUGUUUUUAAGAUUAAAAAAUUGAAUUUUUUGCUACUGUUUGCAGAGAACUAGGUAUUUUCUGAUUGUAUACAAAUGACAUCCAAUUAUUUAAGGUUCAAAAAUGCACUAUAUAGAUAGAUUUUUUUUUUAUCAGAAGAGCAAACAUGACAUUGUCAACAUUAUCUACAUCAUAAAUUCUAACUCUCACAUAAUAGACUUGUUUGUUAGAAAAAAAAAAAAACCUCAAUCCUAGCCUUUAAAAUUGAGAGAUGUUAAAGUUAUAAUACCUUGGAAAAACGGUUUGCAUUUUUUUAAAGUUACCAAAUAAGUUGUGUUGAUAUUUGUUUUAAACCCUUUAAACAGCACUAUGGGAUCUAGACAAGCUGCUUGAACUGUUUUAGUUCACACUGUAGUUACACAGCCUAUUAUAUAUCUGACAGUUAACCACAGUUCAAGUCAUUAUAGCACUGUACUAACAAACAAAAAGGUAUAAGGACUUAACAUGAAUGGUUUCUUUCUUAUUUUUCAUUUGAACAACCAGCAUUACUGCCAAAACACUGACUGUGGUCCAUAUUUCUAACAGGUUUUUACAUGACAUAGUUAGCAAGUUUGAGUGAAGAGAUUUUUAGGUCUUGUACCUUUAAGACUUUAGUAUAAUCUUUUUCAUGUUUCUAAUGCUUGCAGCUUUAUUGCUUAACUUAACAAAAACAGUGCUGCUGCCAUUUGUAAGUUUUCCUAUAAUAUUCCUUUUACUAACUUUAAAUACUGGCCUUACUGGGUUCAAAUAGGCAGUAUCCCUUUUAAGUGACCUUUGCAACCCAAGUGUUACUUGCUGUGUUUUACAGUUUUCGAUAUCUUUUAAAGAACAUUGAGACUCUUUGUUCUCCUUUACACUGAAGCUCAGAAAGCUUAAUUAUUAUUAUGUCUUAAUUUCAAAACACUGCAUUAAUCCCACCAGUCCUGCAAAUUCAGAUGAUAACCCUGCUGGUAAUUCAGAAUUCCGGUAAUGCUGGCAAGCCACUGCAAAAAGCUCUGUGAAGUUUUUUAGAAUAUCUACCGAAGACUCAAUGUCAAUAAACCCUUUUGGAGUACAAAGCUUUACCCUAAACCUUCAUCUGACAUCCACACCUUUGGCAAAGGCCAUAUUUCUUUUUUGUUUCUUUUUUCCAUACCACAGUGUUAAUAUUGUUAAUAUUCAAUGUACACUACUGUAAAAAAAAAAAACCCUACAACAAAGUGUGAAAAUAAUUCCGGAGUUUCAAAAAGUUGGCUUUGCCCUUUUACCAGCAUUUCUGUUGUUUUUUUUUAAAAAAAGGAUUAUCCUGAAGAAAUAAUUUCACUGAGGCUAAAGGGAUACUGUCUUGUGCAGAUGCCAUGAAUUUGCUAUUGUGAUCUGACAGAGCUGUCUUUUCUUCUUGUGUUAUAUGGAAUGUCUGGAUCAUGCUUUCUGGAGUAUUUUUAUUGAGAUGCUUACUGUGCGUUCCUGCAGAAAAAGGCCCCUGACUGCUCUGAUUGGGUAAACAGGCCUUUUCUCCCUUUUAUUGUGUUCUCUUGACACUUUUGUGGAACUUGACAAGCUGGAAAAAAUAAAAUAAAAUUUUGUAAAAAUUUGUACAAUAAUGUUAUAAAAAAGUUUAUAAUCCUAGAAAAUGUUGUGUUAAUUCUUGUGCAAAAACAGUAUAUUCAGAAUAAAAGUUUAUCAUU